CAUUGUCGACCAAUGUAUGAAUAUAAGUAUAUGGUCAGAUCUGUCAAACACGUUGAUAAUGAUAAAACGUCGUUUAUGUGCGAGUUGCCUGAAAUGUUUUGUUUUGUUUUCAUCAAAUUCACCAUCAAGAUUUUCAUGCAAAAUUCUGUGAAAAAACAUUGCCCAAACGUUUUUUUAUUGAUUGUGAAUGGAAUCAAUUUUAAUCUCGUUUGUUUGCCUGAGAUUUAGUUUCCGUUUGUUAUAUUCAUCGAUUUUUCGGGUGUUUUCAUUUUAGAUAUUGAUUUCGAAUUUGUUAUCAUGUCAGAAUCAAUCGAAAUGAAAGUUGCUCCUGUUCCCGAUCAACCAAUUGGUACGGAUAGCAAACAUUCUAACGAAUUGAAAAAUCGCUCAAAAAAUUCCUCAAUUAUAUUAUUGGAUGAUGUAAAUAAACCACAAACGUCGAUGGAUGACAAAGAUCGAUCUUCUUUGAAUACCGAAAAAUUGGGUAUCAGUAGUAGUGAUGGCGAUGAUUUAGAACCUAUAGACAUGUCGAUCAAUUUGUAUGAAACAAUUUUAUCCAUAAUGAUUCCCUAUAUUCUUGUGGGCUGUCCAUUUAAUUAUUGCUUUGAUCGUAAAAAACAUUCGUGCGUUAAUUCAAUAUUUAUGAAAAUUUAUACGUUUGUCAUUUCAAUAUUGGUACACGCAAUGGUCGUGUUUUGGUUGGUUCGUCUUAUGUACAAUUUAUUCUCACGCAAACAUUUGACCAGUGAAUCAAUUGAAGAUAUAUUCAUUUUUUCAUAUUUACUGGCCGGCGUGGUUGGUCUUGAUCUAAUAUGGUUUAAUCGGAAACGAAUUGACUAUGUUUUACACUUACUUGAUAUAAAUCCAAUUGAUAAACGUUGUCAGACAUUACUUGCACAUAGUUGUUUCCGUUUUAAAUGGAAUCGUUGGAAAUUCCAUUUAUUAACUUCUAUUUCAUAUGUAUUUGCAGCAUUGCUUAUUUUCUAUUAUGGAUAUUUGAUAUACAGUGCUAUAGACAUAAUAACCGAUAAAGAUCAAAACCUUGAACUCAUAUCCUGGCUACGUACUAUGCGUUUCAUUACAAUUUACGCAUUAUAUUUUUUUGUUGCUGAUGCUGUAUUAUUGAUUGCCUUAGUUUGGUCACUCAAAUUUCGUAUUAUACAUCUGAAUUUAUUCAUUAAAAAUUUGAUCAAAAUCGAAGAUGUUCCAGAAAUAGAUGACAUUGAAAUCAUCAAAUCAUGGUUUCAAAGCAUUUUGAAAAUAACUCGAAAAAUCGAUGAUUCAUUCGCAUUUUACUUACCAGUGUUCAUUGGAUUCCUAUUUUUUGGCAUCAUUUAUUUCGUUAGCCAAACAAUUAAUAUUGUCAAAUCGGGUGUCAAUGGCGAAAGUGCACAAUUUCUUUCGACAGCAUGUUUAUCAUUUCUAAUGUCAUUAAUAUUGUUCUAUGGUCUAAAAGAAUUGAGUGACAUUCAUCAACUAUCGUCAAUGACCAAAUUGAUUCUGUACGAUUAUGUGCUAGAUACGAAACCCCAAGACAGAUCAACGAAAUUUUUUGAAGAGAUAAAUUUUGUUGCUAAUGGACUGCUAUCUAAUCAAGCAACAUUCACAUUACUUGGACAAAUCGAAUUAAAUAGAAGAUUUCUAGCCAAACUUAUUUUGAUUAUUUAUUCUUAUACAGUUAUUUUCAAUCAAUUCGAAAGAAAAAUUCCAUCAACAACAAUGUCAAAUUGAUAAAGUCGAAAUUCCUAUGUACAAUAGAUUCACGCAAAACAAAUACCGCAUAAAUUAAUUUGAUGCAUUAUUUUCACCAAGAAUAUUAUCAUUGUAAUAAUCACCAAAAAAGAUAUAUUAGAAGUAACAUUUUUUUCAUCCUCAAAGUCAUAAUAUACAAAAUUGUUUCGAAUAUUCACAGCAU